AUGUUGGCGGAGUUGGUACGAGAGUAUCGGUUUUUAUACGAUACGCAUGAUUUCUUUUACAAAGAUUUGACAAAAAAGCAGAAUGCAUGGAAGGAUAUAGGCAAGAGAAUGAAUGUGUCGAAGUCUCGCAAUAUUGAGCUAUCACUGUGUCCCCCUGGAAAACUAAAACCUAAAACUAAAAAUAAGUGGAAGUUCGCACGGGAAAGAUAUAUGCGUAUGAAAAGGACGUGCACAGGAACAACCGGGCAGGCUGCGACCAAGGUUCAACGAUUGGAUUAUCUAUCUUUCCUGGACGAAUUCUGCAAACCGCGCGGAACUUUCAGCAAUAUUGCUACGCAACAUUCUAAUCCAGCUAAAAAAGCUGGUUCCUUCGAACAAUAG